GUGUGAUCCGGCGACCGCCCGGGAGGCUGGCAGCCGGCGCAGAGGCUGCGACGGCGGGAGUCGCUGCUGAGACGGCCGCGGGCGCGGGUCGCGGCGGCUCUGUUCCGCUGGGUCGGGCCAGGCUGGCAGCUGCUGGCGCCUGGCAGUGAGGGCUGGUUCGCGGGGCGGGCGAAAUGGCCCCCACCUAGGGCGGCAGGAGAAGCAGCUGAGCCCGGGAUGCUGGCGCGGCGGCUCGGCGGCUCCUCACGCAUCCCAGAUGUUGAUCAUCUUUCUGAAGUAGAAUCUCCAUGAGCUGAACAUUUUCUGAAAAUCAUUUUGAGCAAAAUAUCUGUUUAAUAACGAGAUAACCACAUCAAGAUGGUUGGAAAACUGAAGCAGAAUUUACUAUUGGCAUGUCUGGUGAUUAGUUCUGUGACUGUGUUUUACUUGGGCCAGCAUGCCAUGGAAUGCCAUCACCGGAUGGAGGAACGUAACCGACUAGUCAGAUUGGAGAGCCCAAAGACCACUGUGAGAACUGGCCUAGACGUCAAAGCCAACAAAACCUUUGCCUAUCACAAAGAUAUGCCUUUAAUAUUUAUUGGAGGUGUACCUCGGAGUGGAACCACACUCAUGAGGGCCAUGUUAGAUGCACAUCCUGAUAUCCGCUGUGGAGAGGAAACCAGGGUCAUUCCCCGAAUCCUGGCCCUGAAGCAGAUUUGGUCACGGUCAAGUAAAGAGAAGAUCCGCUUGGAUGAGGCUGGUGUCACUGAUGAAGUGCUGGAUUCUGCCAUGCAAGCCUUCUUACUAGAAAUCAUUGCUAAACAUGGGGAGCCAGCCCCUUAUUUAUGUAAUAAAGAUCCUUUUGCCCUGAAAUCCUUAACUUACCUUGCUGGGUUAUUCCCCAAUGCCAAAUUUCUCCUGAUGGUCCGAGAUGGUCGGGCAUCAGUACAUUCGAUGAUUUCUCGAAAAGUUACUAUAGCUGGAUUUGAUCUGAACAGCUAUAGGGACUGUUUGAUCAAGUGGAAUCGUGCCAUAGAGACCAUGUAUAACCAAUGUAUGGAGGUUGGUUAUAAAAAAUGCAUGUUGGUUCACUAUGAACAACUUGUUUUACAUCCUGAGCGGUGGAUGAGAACACUCUUAAAGUUCCUCCAUAUUCCAUGGAAUCACUCAGUAUUGCACCAUGAAGAGAUGAUUGGGAAAGCUGGGGGAGUGUCUCUGUCAAAAGUGGAGAGAUCUACAGACCAAGUCAUCAAGCCAGUCAAUCUGGGAGCUCUGUCAAAAUGGGUUGGGAAGAUACCUCCAGACGUUGUACAAGACAUGGCAGUGAUUGCACCCAUGCUUGCCAAACUUGGAUAUGACCCAUAUGCCAAUCCACCCAACUAUGGAAAACCUGAUCCCAAAAUCCUUGAAAACACAAGAAGGGUCUAUAAAGGAGAAUUUCAACUACCUGACUUUCUUAAAGAACAAUCCCAGACUGAGCAAAUGGAGUAGCAGAACAAGGAACCUCUUUCAUACAUGAGGAAAGACUGCUGCCUUUUCCAUGGAAGGGAAAUUUCUAGAACUGGCUGUCCCUUGCUGAGCUCAGUGGAACAUCUGUACUGUGGCCACAUCUCUUCAUUUGCUAGUCUCCCCCGCUGAGAGCUAGAGGUGUCUGCACACACUUGGGCUUCCUGGAGUGAUCUGCUUCCUGAGUGAAGAUCUCUUGACCCUGAUAACAUGCAAAGCCCCAUGAGAAGGAGCCCAGAAGGGACACAUGCUUUCUGUUAACACUGCUCCUGUCUUCAUCGUUUUUUACCAGAUUGCAAACUUUGUUUUCAAGGAGAGAGUUUAAAAAUGGGAUUCUGUAAGCAAAAUUGGGCCGUUUCAUUUUGGAAUAGGUUGUCUGUACAUGUUCUAAUGUUUUGUAGAACACGCGUGCCUGUUUAAAUGUAUUGAUGUGGAUAAUAUUAAAUAUCUUCAUUAUUUAAAUAAUUCAUUGUAUUGUUUCUGAGAAGUUGGGAAAUUACCGUUAUACAUUUACAACUUAAUGACUUUUGUAUUUUAUUUUUCAAAAUAAAAGCUUUCAAUGUGAAGCAUUCUGGUAA